AUGAGGUGGCGGACGACGCUGUUCCUGCUGGUGCCGAACCUGCUGGCGCUGGUCCAAGCGACGCCCUACCAGCACACCUAUUGUACGUCCUUACCGCUUCUUCUCCAAUUCCUGCCUCGAAAAACUUUCGAUGAAUGAGCGAAAAGAGGACACCACACCCAUCUUUCCGCUGCCUUGAUUGUUACUAUCAGGCGGCUUUGCGAGACCUUGGGAACGUCGAGGCAAUCCCCGCGUUUUCCGUCGGUAGUGGGUGUGUGGCCGAGUAAUGGGACCUGUAUCAACAAUCGUCAGCCAAAUUGUAAUCAUAGCAUUGGCAGGCGGUUAAACAAUCGUUGAGAACUUGUUCUUUGGGUUUCUGAGGUUCAGUAAAACCUGGAAAGCCAGAUGAACAGAGUUGAAGGGUUCAUUCUUCACAAAUCGGAAGAGAAUUUCGAUUGUCUGAUGCAGAGUUUUUCGUUGGAUCAAUCAAAUAUUAACCGGUUAGCCGAACCUGUUUAAAAACAAAAAAAAAACUAUGAGAAACAGUUUGAAAAAAAGAGAAAAGUUUGUUUCAAUUCGAAAAAUCUAAAGUCAUAGGAAAGUCAUCGACUUUCAAGUACUAAUAACAAAAAAUUUCUAUAAAAAAGUGUUCUCAAGACAUCAGAAAAUUUUUCAGCGAGCUUGCAGUGUCGGGUAAAUGAUCCUCUUUCUUGCAACCAGCAGAAACACGAGGUGAGGCUAUCUUUUUUAGCCAUUCCUAUCAAAUGACGUCAUCCAGGUGUGUGUAUUCACGAAUGGCCAGUACCGCUGCGAAUGUCCGAACGGCGUGCGAAGACUCGCCGACGGCCGCUGUCUCCUUGUCGACGAAUGCGCCAGACCGUCGCUCAACGCCUGCCACAAACAGGCCUCCUGCAUCGACUUGGUUCAUCAGCCUCUUCUUGCGACUCUUCUGAAUCUUGUACUUCAGGAAGACGGCUACACCUGCAAGUGCAACGCCGGCUACGCGGACGUCUCCCCAGACAGGGUCAACAAACCAGGAAGAAUCUGUCAGAAGACGGCGGACGAGUGUGGCAGCAAAGCCACGUUAGUUGGUAUUUAUGGAAAAGAAGGAAAACAAGCGGGUUGAGAUAUGGCGUCGACUGCGAUCCGAACUCGGCUUGUGUCGACACUCCUGAAGGCUUUCAGUGCGUCUGCCAGCCUGGCUACGUCGACGUGUCUGCUUCUUUGAGCAAGCUGCCUGGCCGCAAGGUUCGAUGAGGCUGUGUCUAGUUCUGAUCCGAAGGUUACAGUGCCAAGAAGCCGUGAACGAGUGUGCCAACGGAUCUGCCGACUGUGCAGAAGACGCCGAUUGCUUCGACCGUCCAGACGGCUACGAGUGCAAGUGAGCUUCAAUCCAGAGCUAUAGUCACCAUCCUCAUUGCUUCAGAUGCCGCCCUGGAUUUGUUGACGCCUCUCCCAACGUGCAGAAGUAUCCAGGACGCGUCUGCAACCGACCAAAGUCCCCAGAAUUUUACGGACAGCAGAGUCGUCAGCCACAGUGCACGGAUAACCAUGGCUGCGGCUCCAACGAGGAAUGCCGUUUCAACGUCGGCGGCGAAAGAGUCUGCCAGUGCCGUCGUGGCUCUGUUCAGCAGAGCAACGGCGUCUGCAAACGUAUAUUUCGACUCUUCCGAAACUUUCUUAUCGGAAUUUUCAGUUUUCUCGCAAUGUGAGCAACGCAACGAGUGUGACCGCAACGCGUUCUGCUCGAAUACUUACGAUGGAUACAAGUAAAAAUCCAGUCUUUUUACAUAUCAACUAUCUUUUUGGACAGAUGCCAAUGCAAGUCUGGAUUUUUGGACAUUUCUCCAGAUCCGGAAACGCUUCCUGGUCGAAAAUGUCAAAAGAGUAAAGAAAAAUCUAUGAAUUGCUAGUUUGGAAAAUGAGUUCAGUAACUAAUGAAUGUGCGGAUGGAACUGCCGAUUGCUCUCCUCUGGCCACAUGCCAAGAUACGCCUACUGGGUACGUCUGCGCCUGCAAAAGCGGGACCAUCGACGUCUCUUCCCGCUACAACCUCAAGCCUGGCCGAAAGUGCAGCGAAGGUUGGCUUUCCAUUGUGUUUCUAAUAUUUAUCACUUAUAAAAGCCGUAGACCGAAUUUUCGUAAUGAAGUGAACUUGCGAAUUAGUAGGUAGAUCUCCUUCGAAAAUUCCGAGACGCUUUGAGAAAGUUUGAAGCUCAGAAUCUACUCGGAAUAUUUUUUUCCAAGUAAUUUUCUGAAUUUUUUUAUUGAACAUUUUAAACUUUUUCUGACCAUUAUUUGUACCAAAACUGAAAAACAUGUAAACUAUAGUUUUUAGAAAUUAUUUCUCACAUCAAAAAGACUAGUUCUAAAUAAAUUGAAGGUUCCAGUAGCCGAGGCAACGGUGAGUUUUUUCUUUUGUUGAAUAAAACCGCAAGUAGUAUACAAAAAGUUGUUAUUGGCGCACCUUUUUUGUCCAAACUUGAUUUUUACACUGUUUCACUAUUUUAAUGCACUAAAUCAUCAAAAAUCAUGCUUAACAUAACAAAAAUCCAUCAUUUCUGAAAACUGAGCAUUUUUGGGCUAGCUCACCUUCUGCCCAUUUUACCCACUUGCCGAAUGUCACGCUUUUUCUUAUUUUCAGCCCAAUGAAAUACAUCUUUUUGAAAAAUAUAAAAAUGAAGAUCAGAAGGUAAGUAAAUGACAUCAUUUCUGAAAACUGAGCAUUUUUGGGCUCUCUCUCUCACCCCUCAAAACAUAGGUAAAACGGAAAAGUUCCUUUGAGGAUCCUUAAAGGAUCCUGAGAGGGAGAUAAAAAGCUUCCUCUAAAAGCUCCUAAAAUGAUGUAAAAAAGCUUUUGAGCACCUUUUUCAUAGCCUCAGAGGAUCCUUUUUGAAUCCCCUCGAAUCUUUUUGGUUGCUUUCCAGCAUCCUUUUUGUCAGAGGAUGUGAAAAAGAUGCAAAAAAAGAAUUUAAGUUUUAAAUGACUACUUUAAAGUAGUCAUUUAAGACUUCAAAGUAGUCAUUUAAGAGACUAAAAGGAGACUAAAAGCUUUUAGUCUCCGAAAAGACUUGAAGCCACUAACCAAUCUUGACCUCGAAGAGCUCGUACUGAAAAUCAAGAGUUUCCGUGGUGUUUUCAUGCGAGACACUUUGCCGAGUGAAGGAAUUGGAGAAAAAGAAGUUGGUAUUGUCAAUCUAGACUCUCCUUAUAAUAAAGGAACUCAUUGGGCCCAAUCGAUGUGAUGCAGAGCUAGUAAUCUGGAGUCAUUUUUACUUACCUUCUGAUCUUCAUUUUUAUAUUUUUCAAAAAGAUGUAUUUCAUUGGGCUGAGAAUAAGAAAAAGCGUGACAUUCGGCAAGUGGGUAAAAUGGGCAGAAGGUGAGCUAGCCCAAAAAUGCUCAGUUUUCAGAAAGGAUGGAUUUUUGAUAUGUUAAACAUGAUUUUUGAUGAUUUAGUGCAUUAAACUAGUGAAAAAGUGUAAAAAUCAAGUUUGGGCAAAAAAGGUGCUCCAGUAACAACUUUUUGUAUACUACUACCGCAGGCCGUAAGCUUUUGAAGAUCAUGUCCCGUAGAUUUACGGCCAUAAAUGAGUUUUAAUAGUUAGCUUCACAGAAUCGAAAGCUUCUCGAAUUCCUGUAGACCCGUUCAUGGCCUUGCAUCUGACGAAGCAUGAAACUAGCGCAUGCCUUUUUCCUUACUCGAAAAAAUCUCAUCACCAACCCUUUUCCUCGCCUAUUCUCACCGGAACGCUUUCUUCUCCAUUCAGCAUGCUUUUCACCCUUUUUCGCCUCAACACAAGUGAGUUUCAGCCGCGAAUCAGUGCUCGGACAAGUCUCUCAACUCGUGCGACAGGAACGCCGACUGUGUCCAACUUCCCGACGGCUACACCUGCAAAUGCUUCGUCGGCUACGUCGACGUGUCCUCAAACGCCAACCUUCCUCCCGGCCGCGUCUGCACCCUCUCCACCGCCUGGUCAGUUUCCAACCAAGCAUACUUGAGGACAAACUAUUUUCGAAAACUUGGCUUUUUUCAAUCGAUACUAUCCUUUCCAGGUCGGUUUGGUUAUCAAUAUGUAGGAGGACACUUAACAAUUAUUGAAAACCUCUUUAUUAUGAAUUUUUCAUAACUUAAUUUUUCAGCCCAGCCCAGCCAACUGAUCUCGUUUUCCUGAUCGACGGCUCCGGGUCCAUCGGCUCCUACAUUUUCCAGACGGAAGUUCUGCGGUUCCUCUCCGAAUUCACCGAUCUUUUCGAUAUUGCACCUGACAAGACGCGCGUCUCUGUGGUCCAAUACUCUGAUCAAAUCAGGUUUAAAAAAAAGAUUCUUUUUUUAGUUCGUAUAUGAUAAUAAUUAUUAAUUGAGAACAAAAAUCUUUGAAGAACGCCUCACUCAUUGAAAUUCUUGAUUAUUUGGCAAAAAGUAAUUUGAAAGUUUUGAUUUUCUGCGUAAAGAAAAAUUUGACAGCCGUGCAGCUCUAUAGGCAAUUUCUCAUAAAAAAACAAUUUUCACAUAAAAAUUUAUUUAACUUGUUCUAGUUUUCUGAUGCAAAUCUUUUUAAAUUUUGAAAUUUGAAGACACGAGUUCGGGCUCAAUGAGAACAGUGACCGACGUUCUCUCCACGACGCUAUCCGCAACAUCCAGUUAGGCUUUUCAUAUGUAAAGCCAAAAAGUUCUCCGAAUUCAGAUACCUGACGGGACUGACACGCACUGGCGCCGCCAUCGAACACGUCGCCAACGAGGCGUUCAGCGAGAGAAGAGGGGCCAGACCAGUCGGACAAGUCAGCCGCGUCGGCAUCGUCAUCACCGACGGAAGAAGCCAGGUUCUCAGUGUCCUGAUCAGCCUGAAAUCAAGGAAUGUUUCAGGACAACGUUACCGUCCCGGCUAACAAUGCUCGAAUCCAGAACAUCCAGCUUUUCGCUGUAGGAGUGACAAACCACGUCCUCGAUGUCGAACUUGAGGAGGUAUUUUUGAAAACAUUUUCAAAUGUUCCAUUGGGAUCUUUGCAAACUUAUCCGCCGAUAUAUAUUUGUAUUUAGAAUGGAUUUACAGUUGAACUACUCUUAGGAAAGAUAAAAUAAUCGGAAGUCAUUUUUAUUUCAGAUUUCUGGAGCGAAGGACAGAACUUUCCACGUGAGCGGCUUCGAAGAUCUGAACACUCGUCUCCGAAGUGCCAUCCAACGUGUCGCCUGCCCUCAAGUUGUCCCUCCACAGCAGGACGAUGGUCAGUUCGAUCCCGACUUCUGCUGUUUCUACUGAGAGAUUUGAGGUCCUUGCGAUCCAAAUACGCACAAAGGAUGCGACCGCGCUCUCAACCAGAUCUGCAUCGCCAACGGCGGCCGAUUCUCCUGCGGUUGUCCUCCUGGAUUCGAUCUUCAUCCUAUCACCAAAGUCAGUAUUGUAUUGAAAGUAAAAAAGAUGUUUCAGUGAUCUUUUUGAAGUGGAAAGGUCAAAAUUUAUUUUUGAUUUAUUCUAGGUCUGCGGCGGUGACGUCUGCAACCCCGAAAUUUCGACCUCUUGUCCAGAUCCGGAGAUUUGCGAGAAGACGCCUUUCGGUAACUGGAGGUUUUUUGAAGUUAGCAAAGAUAAGACUAUAACGAGAACAUUUUGAAGAUGCACGUGCCCAGCUGAUCUCGGAUGGCGCGACCCUCACUCAGGAGUUUGCAGUUCGUCAUUUCUUUUCUCCCUUUUCAUUCUCAAAUCUUUGAUAUGAACAAUUAUUCAUAUUCAUUUUCCUUUUCUAGAAAUCGGAACUCCUCCAAUUUUGCAAUCCAACGACGAAUGCCACCCCAAUGACAUCACUUCCUGUGGCGGCAACGCGAAAUGCGUCCGCGGACCUGGCGGCGAGUUUGUCUGCCAAUGCGAGGAAGGCUUCGUCCGAAGCAGCCGCACCGGAAAAUGUCAGCAGCCUGGAACCUGCGACCCGCGAAUUCCCGACUCUUGUGACGCCAGGAAGAAGGAGAAGUAAAGAUAAAAAGCCUUUCAGAAACUGGAACUCCAAGUUCAGAUGUCUUCCUGGAACGAACGGCCUCUUCACGUGUCAGUGCGACCGUUUCCACAAGAGACAUCCAGUCACUGACAUUUGCUGUGAGUUUAUUCGGAUCAAGUUUGACUUAUUGAAUUCGCGUCAGAUCUACGAUGUUUUACGUUCGAAAUAAAUAAAUAAAUGAGUUAUAAACUUCAAGUGAUCGACGAAUGCAGCGCUGGAACCCACGAUUGCGACCCCAAUGCUCAGUGUACCGACACGGACGAGUCCUACAUCUGCUCGUGCCGUUCCGGAUUCCUCGACAAGUCUCCAGAUCAGGCCAAGAAGCCUGGCCGCCUUUGCUCGCAACGUUUCAUCAGUCAGAAGAAACCCCCGUUCAUUUUGAAGUUCAGAACGGAAUGAAUGCGCCGAGAACCGUCAUAACUGUUCCGUCAACGCCGACUGCAUCGAUCUUGUCGACGGCUUCAUGUGCCGGUAAUUCAUCAAAAUCCUUCAUUUCAACAACGAGUGUACAGUACAGAAAUAAAUUUGAACACAACGUUUGGUAAUGGAAACGAGAGUUUUAUCUUUACGCUUCCAGCAAAAUCAUGCAUGAACUUUUUCUAAACUUCUGAAAUCAGAAAUUGCCAAAAAGGAAAAAUAAAUAGUUCCAACCUUUCAAGUCGUUUUUCAGAUGCAAAAACGACUUCGUGGACAUUUCGCCGAACCCCAGCGCUUUCGGAGGCGUCGACUGCCGUGCUCUCAUCGACGAAUGCGCCAUUCCUGGAGGCAACACCUGUCAUCAGAACGCCAUCUGCAUCGGUUUUCUGAUUCCUAUCAUUUUUAUAGACUUUCUUGUUAUCAGACACCCGAGACUCGUACAAAUGUCAGUGCAAAGAAGGCUACGUCGACCACGACGAGCUCCGGAAUCCAGGCCGUGACUGCCGCAAGUGUAGGGCCUUCAGUGGAUGCGUAGAAGGAUCAUAAUCCUGGUUGCAGUGAAUCAGAUCUGCGAGAACGGAAGACACGACUGCGACCGCAACGCCCGUUGCAUCGAGAGGGGAGCCAACGACUACGAGUGCGUCUGCAACGUCGGCUUCAUCGACAAGAGCCCCUUGCCGCACCGACUUGGUACGGCCUUUCCAAGAUUAUACUUCCCUCGGAAGAACUAUAGACCUUUGUGGCAGUUUUUCGAAAACUUUGUUCAGGCCGCAAGUGUCUGGAACGAGUUUGCACCGACGAUACGAAGAACGACUGUGACGUCGCGGCGACUUGCGAAGAGGUCGACGGCCCCGAAAAAUACACGUGCAAAUGUCGCAACGGCUACUUCGACGUCAACAAAAAUCGUCCUGGUGAGCGAGAAUUUGCAGGAUCUGAAACUUUUGUCCAGGCCGCGAAUGCAAGGAACUCGUGAACGAGUGUCUCGACGCGUCGCUCAACAACUGCGAUCCGGCGGCGACGUGCACGGACCUCGAGGAAGGCUACACCUGCGCGUGUCCGGCCGGCAGCAAGGACAUCUCUCCCGAUCCCAGCCAGCCUGGCAGAAACUGCAAGGGCGUCAGUUUUAUUGAUAGUUCAUUAGCAUUAGGGUUCCCAAAACUUCUCCUUUAUGGAUAUGAAGUUUCUCACUGCUCACUGCAGUCCAAAUUUACAGAUUUGAACUUUGGCAUCAUCGAAUAUUUUAUAAAUGCAAUACAUAUUGAAAUUUAUGAACGUUGACUAGGGAGAAGCUGGGAAAAUAUUUAAGCUCAUUUUUGUUUAACUUCUCAAAGUAACAUGGAAGUUUUGGUCACUUUUUUUCUAAUUCGAUUUUCAGCUGGUGAAUGAGUGCAACCUGCCGCAUUUGAACAACUGCUCUCGAUUCGCUUUGUGUAUCGAUAAGGAGGAAGGCUACGAAUGCAGGUAUCGUUCAUCAAAUUAUCAAAAAAUCGAGUUUCAAACACAAGCAAGCAACUUUUAAAAAAAAUUAAAUUUUCUCUUCAAGAUGCAAACCGGAGUACCACGAUCAAGACACAUCGCGGCCUGGAACCAACUGCAAAUUCAGUGAGUCUGAAAAUGGGUGAAGUUUCCGAAAAAACAGUAUUUCAGUCCUUAACGAGUGCCUGGCUGACAACUUGAACGAUUGCGACAAAAACGCGAUUUGCAUCGACACACGCGAAGGUUACGAGUGCAAAUGCAAGGCGCCUUACCAAGAUAUCCAGCCGGAAAACCCAGGAACCGUUUGUCGGUCAGUUUUGCUCUGAGAAGCGUUUUUCAAGGAAAUAGUUACGAACAAAAGUUUGAUCGGGAAUCCUAAGGGAAUGAUUGGUUAGUUUAAAACUGUUUUAAGUAUCCGUUAUUGAAAAAAAAAUUUCAAGACUCUGAAUACCUCUAAAAUACAGCAACUGCGAUAAUCGGCUGCAUCCAGUGCCUCCGCAAUUGUUCUCCCCCUGAAAAAUUUUCUGAUUCUACAGCUUCAAUGAAUGCGCCAACCGCGCGGACAACGACUGCGACGCCAACGCCGACUGCAUCGACACCGACGAGGGCUACACCUGCCAGUGCAAGGAAGGAUUCUUCGACGAGACCUCGGAUCCUGCCCGGCCUGGCCGCGUCUGCAUCGGUGAGCCGACGCCGUCUUUCCUAUCGAUUAUUCAAUCGUGAAGAAAUAGGUCUGGUGAUUGACAAGCCGCAGUUGGCUGAGAAGACGACGCUGUCGCCGAAUUUGAUCCCUUGCGGAGCCGUCCACUGCAGACUGGACCUUCACGAAGUGUGUGUCGGCGGAUCCAAGUGUCUCUGCCGUCCUGGAGAAGCUCGAUCUAGCACCUUCGAAAAAUGCGUUCCAAUCACUUCGGUUAGUCUAAAUGUUGAGCCUGGAAGUGCUUCUUUCCAAACUUGAAGCUUUUUUUUUUAACUUCAAACAUCUGAACCUUUCCAGGUGCCACUUGUCGUUCGUGUCAUGGAGUACGAUGGCGAACCCCUACAGUACUCUACGGACUACAGUAAGCCGCAAAGUCCUGCUCACGUUGAAGUUGUCGAAGCGGCAAAGAAGGUAGUUUUCUCUGCACUUAAAACUCUUAACUUUCCGAUUAUUAGGGUAUCGGAGCUGCCCUCAUGAAGACUGAAUUCGCCCCAAGAUACGUCACUACUGACGUCAGCUUCAUCACCAACCCUAAGGUCGAAAACAGGUUUGACUCUCGUUUCUACCGCCUCAUAACUACUGAAUCUUCAGCGAUUGGGACAAGGGACUUCUUGUGAACAGCACGGUCCAACUUGCCGGAAACGAAGAUGUCGAUGUUUGCCGAGUCUAUCAGGAGUUCGCUGACGCCGUCCAGAGCAUGGGAGGACGUCUGGACCGUCUCAAAGUGGCCGAUGACUCUUUCGGAUCUUUGGACCCUUGCAAGUGAGUGAACAAACAUUUUUCUCUUUAAAAAGAAAAUUUCAAGGAAGGAAGAAAUUCGCAAAGGUACGCCUUGCGGCGACACUUUCUGCUCCGAAGAACUCGGCGAGGAAUGCAUCGCCGGCAAAAUCUGCGGCUGUCCCAAGGGCCAGAAACGCCGCAAUCCUUCGAGUCCAUGUCGAACGGUGGAAUCUUGGAACUUGCCUCUCUACGUCAUUCGCGAUGGAUCCAACUCGAUCGAGUUCACGUCUAACCUUGCCAACCCGCUGGACGAAAGCCAUAAGUCGCUUGUGUCCAGGUGCUCUUCGUUGAACUUUCUAAAUUAAAAGGUAGAAUGCUUUUAGAUUUGAGACUGGAGUUGCUCAGAGCUACGAUAAGACACCAUUGAAGAACGGAUUUGUGACCGUCGAAGUCAAUGAAAUUCAACGGCCGGAUGAGAAGAACAGCGUUAGUUUAUCAAUAACAGACAAAUUUGUCUAAGAUAUUGUAAAACCGAUUUUAGAAGGUACUUUAUCGUCGGAGAACUAGAUAGCCCAGUCGUUGAAAACUUAAAAGCGUUUUUUUUCAAAUAUUAUAUAUUCCCUUCAAUCAAAAUGUUUUAUUGCUCACACACAAGUACUAAAUUUCACGAAAUAGAUGUAGGGAGAGUUUGGGAACAUAUGUGUCGGAACUUGUGGUGAUGGAGGGAAGAGGACUCGCGGUUGUGUUAACCCCCCACUUGAGUAAAUUGGAAUAACCAUGAAGUUAUUCUUCUAAAUUUCGAUUAUGUAGCUUUCAUAUUUUUGUUGGAUCAAGAGUGUUUAGUUCUGUAAUGUUGUUUUCAAACCAUUUCUCAAGUUUAGAUCUGAACUUAUUUUUUUCAUACUCAAAUACUAUGUUUCUAUCCAUAUGAUUCCAAUGAUUGAAUACUCUUUGAUUAAUGAACCGGUAGUGUAUGUCAGAAAGUAGAGGCCGCUCUAUUUUGAGACCAUUUCCUCGCAGUUGAUUCGAUCUACUUGUUUUAUUUUGUAAAGGGAUUGGAGAUGGGCACCAAUAGUAUCCGUAAAUGAAAUUGUGAGCAGCAGUUAUGUCUUUCUUUAAACGUCUUUGCCAAAGGGUGUUUAGUCCAAGACGUUGAAGUCUUUCUUUGUAAUUCGUUUUAGGGAAAAGUCUUUUAGUAAAUUUCCUUUGAACUGAUUCCAAUCUAUCGAUAUCUGUUCUUUUUAGAGGACAGAAAAGUUCUGACCCAUAUUCAAGAACCCUUGUUCAUUCUUUAAUGUUCACUUCUCACCUACUAAAUGUCCCCUCACAGUCUUGAAAUUUAUCAAAUUCUGAGCUUAAAUCAGUAAAGACUGGGUAGAAAGUUCAAAAAGAACUAGUGACAUAAUAGGAAUGGCGAGAAGCUAAGAAUUUCCUCCCUGAACAUGAGAAAGCUUAAUUUAAUUUCCCAGAAAAGCAGUUAUGAAAUACUGAAAACUUCUCAAAUUUAGUCGUGGACCACCGGAAUCCUGUACAACUUCACGUCGCACUUCGUUCGCGGUUCCGUCGCCGAGCCAUCCACCGUCUUCACGGACCUCAUCGAGUACAUCUCCAAGCGCAAUCACUUCGAAGUCGGCACCUCGAAGCUUUUCAUCUCGCCCAACCAACUCAACCCCUUCUCCAAGUGCUACAACGCCGACUGCCAUCCUGACGCCAUCUGCCGAGAAAUUGGCGGUGGAUUCCAGUGAGUAGAAUAGGCUUGAAUCAAAAGUCUAGAGAAGAUUCAGAUGCUCUUGUCCUGACGGAUUCCGCGACCUCAAUCCAUCUCAUCCUGGACACGAGUGUCUGUCUUUCCGUGGCGUCAACGAGUGCGAGAAGCCAGAAUUGAAUGAAUGUUCUCCUGAAGCUCGUUGCAUAGACCUCGACUACCUCUACAAGUCUGUUUCUCGAGCCUUUUUAGAUCUUCUCUAUUUUAGGUGCGAAUGCGUCAAGCCUUAUGUCAACGCGGCUCCUCAAGGCGCCAUUCCCGGCUCCGUUUGCACCAUUGACUAUUGCUCCGACGUCAACUAUUGUCCUCUGAACUCGACUUGCGUCAACGUCGAUCAAGAGGUACGCCUUCAGAUCAGAUUUGUUUCCUAGCCUUGAGUUCAGGCGCGGUGCGACUGCAAGCCAGGGUUCGUCGACCUCCGCAAGUCUGACCGCCUGUCGGAGGUUGGUUACCGCUACCUCUUCUCUGUGAAAUCUUGUUUCUCAGGCCGGACUCGGAGACGCGAUCUGCCUGAGGUCGAUUGACGUCAACGAGUGCGCCCUUGGAACGCACAACUGCAGUCCCGCUGCUCAGUGCAUCGACAAGAAGAUCGGCUACGAGUGCAAGUGCCUCGAAGGGUUUGUCACUUAUUUUGCAGAAUAGUAGGAGUUCUUUUUGUACAAUCCAAUUUGUAGCAAUUUCAUUUUCAUGAUACCAAAGAGAAAUACAAAUAAGUCUGAAGAUGUGUUAAAAAAUAAAAAAUAAAUCCUCCCCAUAAAACAGAGUUUUAGGAAGUUUUAUGAACCAAAAAAAGAUAAAUCAUCUUUUUAAAACUUGUCUUUAUUUUUUUGCCUUACCAAGCAGUGAGGUGAACGAUCGUUUACUUAUUCGAACACAAAAAGCUGUUUUAAAAAGAUGCCAGUACAAUUAGCAAAUGGAUUAAAAAAAGCAUUUUCAUUUUUCCAAUGAAUCCGUUCAGAUACGAAGACGGAAACCCAGCGGAGCCAGGCCGCAGCUGCGCCGCCCGUCUCUGCGGUCUCUGCAACGGCCACGGCGACUGUAUCCACGACUCCUUGUCCAGCAACGUCACCUGCGCUUGCCUCGAAGGCUACACCGGACAGUUCUGCGAGGUUUUCCUCUCCCCCAAGAAUUCCAGUUUAUUUCGACUUUCAGUUGGCCCCAUCUAACGCCGGACUCAUCCUGAUGACGAUCCUCGCUCUGCUCUUCCUGCUCCUCACUCUUCUGUGCUGCUUGUACGCCUGCGCUCGCUGCAGGUUCAAAAAAAAAGCCCAUUUUCUUUUUUCAUGCAACUUUUCAGAUGCUUCGGAGCUCGAGGAGUUAGCGAAGGUAGCGCCAGUGGACAAGAAAUCCUUGGCUCUGAUUACUACACGAUCCCGAGAGCCAAGCUGAAGCCUCUCUAUGGAGUUAGUUUUUGCGCUUUAACGCUGAAAUUUGAAAAAAACUAUCAAUCAAUAGUUUUUUUCUUCUUUUUUUAUAUCUUAAGUUUAUAUAAUUUAAAAGGAAAAACUUUUUUGUGAAUGAAUUGAAAAAAAAAGGAAAUUUUAACUUUGAGGAGGACCUGGGUCAUGACAACGCCGGAGCUCUUGCCGCCUAUCUCGACGACGGAGCUUCCAUUUCUUCAGACGGAUCGAUUGAGGAAGUCGAGCGCCGAGUGACAACUGACGUCACCACUCGAGAAGUCAGAACCACGACGGUCCGGGACGAAUCUGGCAACGUCAUCAGCCAGGUUCGAAGACAGGAAAUAACUAUCAAAAAGAUCUCUUGAAGACGGUUUCCCAUUCUCACGGAGGCCUCGGAGGGGCUCAUGAAACGGACACGGAGCAGUACGCCUUGACGACGAGCGACCACUUCAGAACUGCAGAAUCUGCGGCGGCUGGAGGCGCAUCUUCUGCUUUGCGCUCUGAACACCGGUCUGGAAUCAGGGACGACUACGACUCUGACGACUCGACCGACACCGACGCUGGUCAUGCCGUUUACGACAGAACCACUAGAACCAACUUAGUAUAACCUAUUUCAGACUCUUUAAGUAUUUGUUUAACUGUUUUCAGUCUCACGACUUCCAGCCAGGCGUUGAUCCAAGAACAGGAACGGAGCGAACUCGGCGCGAGUUUGUGACGUCGACGAAAGCAGAGGAAGUCAACUAUUUCUGA